GCAGACGUUGACGAACAGCUGAUCAUCACAACAGCUGAUCAACAACAACAAGUUUACACGUAAAUGUGAGACGCCUUUGGGAUAUAGAAAAUAUUUAAAAAAUGUCAGAAGAUGACGAGAGCAGAGAAUCUAGUUUACAACUAGCCAUUAUAAGAGAAGUUUAUGACAGUGACUCAGCACAGGAGAAGUUUGAGAUGGAACUAGAAAGAGCCUUGGAAGCUGGCAUACACACAAUUGUUAUUGAACCAACAACCCUAGGGGACGAAACGGCAAGGUGGAUUGCAGUCGGAAAUUGUCUUCACAAAACUGCAGUGUUAGCAGGCUUUGGAUCAAUAGUGUCAGGUUU